GCAGAUCCAAGUCAAGUGGAAUGGUUCAGCCACAUGCUCCUGCCGUAUGGCCAUGUCCAUAGCCAUUUUCAUAGAGGAGGGUUUCAUUUCCUGUACAUAUAAAAACAAUAACAUUGUGGGUGGGGAGGUUCAUUCCUUUGUUACGUUAUCUAAUGGUUUCUCUGUGACCAAGAACUGUUCUUCUUUGCUUCUAACCCUAAAAGGUGAAAGGCCAAUUCCAAUAGUUCCCAACACAUGCCCAUUUCAUUUCGUAUCCUCCUUUGAUACAAUCAUUCUCUCAUCAGAUCCUGAAAAUCCAUCCAUUCCAUCACUGUCUGUUGUUGAACAAAUCUAAUAAUCUCCCCAUCUCGAGCCGCCUUUGAUCUUCGAUCGUACCUCACUGUGUCGGAUUUCGCGCACACCCACUUCCGAUUACAGGCGCCACCAUUGAUCUUUGCAGUUUUCAAGUAGACCUUCCUUUUCUGAUCGCGCAACUGGGGCUUGUUGCUGGUGGAAAUGAUGGGAGGUGGUAGCAGGAAGGAUGAGGGGUCGCUGGUGAUUAACAGUACGAAUGUGUUUGCGGCUCUGGGAACCUUGAGGAAGAAGAAGAAGUCUGAGAAGCAGGGCGCGUCGUCGAAGAGCAAGGGAUCGGCGCCCGCGAAGAAGUUGGAGAAGGAGCCGGAGCCGCAGGUCUUUUGGGCUCCCGCGCCGCUUACGUCGAAAUCUUGGGCUGAUGUCGACGAUGAGGACGAUGAUGAUUACUAUGCCACCACGGCUCCGCCUCCAUCCGUUUGGGGUUCCGUGGAUCCGCCAAAGGUGAAGGAGAGCUCGACUCCUCCCGUCGAGGAAAGUGAAAGCGAAGAGGAUGGUCUUGAUGAAGUUGAUGAUGAGGGUGAGGAAGAUCAUGAACCCGAACCAGAGGUACCAAUGGAAAGAGAGCCAGAUGUUAAGAAGCCAGCUGAAGCUGCUUCAGCACCCAAAGACACAGAAAGGCAGCUUUCAAAAAAGGAAUUGAAGAAAAAGGGACUCGAGGAACUUGCUGCUGUUCUUGCUGAAUUUGGAUAUGCUGAGAAGGAAGCCAGUGGACAAGAUCAAUCUCAUGGUGCUGCACAAGAUAAAAAUGCAGAGAAUCCUAAUGCAGGGGCAGAGAAGAAGGAGAAUGGCCCUGGGGAGAGCAAAAAUUCCAAAAAGAAGAAAAAGAAGGAUAAAUCUUUGAAAGAGGCUAACGAAUCCCAGGAGCAGCCAUCAGCUAAAGAGUCUGAGGACCCGCCCAGUGUUACACAAGUCGGAAAUGGAGCUGCUGGGGCUGAGAAGACAGAUGAUGCAUCUGCUAUUGAUAUAAAAGAUCGGCUAAAGAAAGUGGCAGCUGCCAAGAAGAAAAAAUCAGGUAAGGAGAUGGAUUCUGCUGCGAGAGCCGCUGCCAAUGAGGCUGCUUUGAGGAGUGCAAAGAUUGCUGCAGCAAAGAAGAAGGAAAAGAACCAUUAUAACCAACAGCCAGUGCGUUAAGCAGGUUCCAUUUUUUCCCGUUUUAACCUUGGAUGUGAGCAUGUAUUUUUCCUGUUCAUUUAUUGAAUCCAAUUCCAAAAUAACAUCACUACCUGGUUCCAUGAAAAUGAGUUUGAACUGGAUACUUUUGGUUUUGUUUUAUAUGAAAAAAAGGAGGAAAAAGAAAGAAGCUUGGUUCCCCAAA